AUGGAUACUAUCGGUGUGUUCCUCAAUCAUGAAAAUGGAACCUUUCCUAAUCAGAAGACCUAUUCAACUGGCUCUGGUUCACGUCCCAUUUGUGUGACAGUUGAGGAUGUCAAUAAUGACUGUCGACUUGAUAUUAUCGUUGGAAAUUUCGAUACUAACAGUAUAAUUAUAUUUUUUGGAUAUGAUGAUGGUACGUUUACAAACCAAUCGACAUUUUCAAUUGGUGCUUCUCGUCCAAAAUCGAUCGCCGUUGGUGAUUUUAAUAACGACCAUCAUCUGGAUAUUGCUGUCGCCAAUUAUGGUACUAACAAUGUAGGUAUAUUAUUGGGACAAGGUAAUGGAUCUUUCUGCUUUCCAGUGACUUAUUCGAUAGGUGGUUCUAUUCCAUAUUCAAUCAUUGUUGCCGACUUCAACAAUGAUUAUCAGUUAGAUAUUGCAGUCACCAAUUAUGAUACUCAUGGAAUUAGUAUACUUCUUGGAUACAUGAAUGGAACUUUUGCUCCGGCUACGGUUUUUUCAACUGGUUUAGGUUCAUAUCCAUAUGGGAUUGCUACUGGUGAUUUAAACGAUGAUAAACAAAUGGAUAUUGUUGUCGCGAAUUCAGGCACUGGCAAUGUUGGCUUAUUUCUUGGGUAUGGAAACGGAAGCUUUGAAAAGCAAGAAACAUAUUUCAUUGGUGUUAGCUCUAGACCAUCUUACGUGACUGUAGGGGACUUCAAUAAUGACCAUCAACUAGAUAUAGCCGUCUCUAAUACGGGUAGUUACAAUAUAAGCAUAUUGAUUGGAUAUGCAAAUGAAUCUUUUGAAACAGAAAUCAUACAUUCAAUUAGCUCUAAGUCAAGUCCAUUUGGAAUCGCCAAUGGUGACUUUGAUAAAGAUAAUCAAUUGGAUAUUGUCGUAGCGAAUGCUGAAACAAAUAGUAUACUUUUACUUACUGACUAUGCGACAAAGCCGUCGAAGCCUCAAAGUACAUAUUCUACUGGGUCAGGUGCCCGCUCAUAUGGUAUCGUUACUGCUGAUUUUAAUAAUGAUAGUCAUUUGGAUAUUGCUGUUGCGAAUGGCGGGACUAACAAUGUUGGUAUAUUUCUUGGAAUAGGAAAUGGAAGUUUUGCGAGUCAAGUAGUAUAUCCUACUGGAGAUAAAUCACAAACAGUGGCACUUGCGAUUGCCGACAUCGACAACGAUAACCAGUUAGAUAUUGUUGUUGCUAAUUUUCACAGUGAUAGUUUUGGUUUGCUACUUGGAUAUGGUAAUGGAACGUUUGCAAAUAUUCGCUUGUAUUUUCUCGGUGUAGCUUCAAGUCCAAUAUCCGUUGCUGUUGGUGAUUUUAAUAGAGACAAUCAAAUAGAUAUUGUUUUUGCUAACUAUGGUCCGAACAGUUUAAGCAUAGUUCUUGGAUAUGGGAAUGGCAGUUUUGGUGCUGUAACGACUUUUACAGCUGGUGAUGGUGCUCGUCCAUACUGUAUCGUUGUGGGUGAUGUUAACAAUGACAAUAAUCUAGAUCUUGCUAGUGUGAAUGUUGGCACAGAUAAUAUAGGUAUUUUUCUUGGGUAUGAUAACGGGAGUUUUGCAGCUCCAGUAACUUAUUCAACUUUAUAUGGUUCAUCGCCGCAGUAUAUACGAAUGAAUGAUCUUAACGGUGAUAAUCUAUUGGACAUCGUCAUCACCAAUACCUUUGCAAAUAAUGUAGGAGUUUUUCUCGGUUGUGGGAACGGUUCUUUCGAAGCACAAAUUAUGUAUGAAACUGGUAAAACAUCGAGUCCAAGCGCUCUCGAUAUUGGUGACUUGAAUGAUGAUGGGCAUCUCGAUAUUGUCGUUGCCAAUUAUGGCUCGAACAAUGUAGGCGUAUUUCUUGGAUAUGGGAACGGCACCUUUGCAAGUCAAAUAUUAUUUCCUACUGGUGAUAAUUCUCAUCCGAAUUCGGUUACUAUUGCUGAUGUCAACAAUGAUCAUCAUCUAGAUAUUGUUGUGCUUAACAGGGGCACAAAUAAUAUUGCUGUAUUACUUGGGCAUUCGAAUACAAAAAAUGCAUCUCAAGCAAUAUACUCAGCUCGCUCCAACUUCCAAAAUGGUUCGAGUACUACUGGGAAUUUUCAAGAUAAUAAUUUGGCUAAUUUUUCUGCGAUAAGUGGAAGAGAAACGAGCGAUAUGCUUAGAUUACUAUUAGGAGAUUAUUAUUCAGAUUUUCAAAUAGAAAAAGUAUAUUCAAUCGGAUAUAGUACACAUCCAUCUUCAAUUGCCGUUGGCGACUUGAACAAUGACACGCACUUAGAUAUGGUCGUCAUUAAUUCAGGAAAAGGAAAUUUUGAUGUACUAAUGGGAUAUGGUAAUGGAUCUUUUAAAAAUGAAAUAAACUAUUCAAUGGAUCUCGGCUCACGACCACUUGAUGUGAUUCUUCAUGACUUUAAUAAUGACAAUUGCCUGGAUAUGUUUGUUACCGAGUCUAUUGGUAACUAUGUAAACAUAUUUGUGGGACUAGGAAAUGGAACUUUUGCGAUUGACACAGCCAUUUGGACUGGCUCUGGAUCUCAGCCAAACUCAUUAGCAAGUGGUGAUUUCAACAACGAUAAUCUAUUAGAUAUUGUUAUUACUAAUCAAGGAACAGAUACUAUAGGUCUACUGAUGGGAUUCAAUUAUUCAUCUUUUGAAAAUAAAGUAAUUUAUUCUACAGGUUAUCUUUCUGCUCCGAGUAGUGCCGAAAUUGGUGAUCUGAAUAAUGACAAUCGACUUGAUAUUGUUGUCUGCAAUUAUGGCACUAACGAUUUGGCCAUCUUUCUUGGACACAGUGAUGGAACUUUUGCACUGCAAACUAAUAUACAUAUAACUGGAUCACGUGCUAGAGGAGUUAUCCUUGGUAAUUUUAACAACGAUAAUUAUCUCGAUAUUGCAACUGUUAACUGGGGUCUAAAUAGUAUAGCUGUUCUUCUUGGAUAUGGUAAUGGAACCUUUGCAGCACCCCUAUUUUACUCAGCUGGAUUCGCUUCACGACCAACAUCUAUCAACUUCGGUGAUUUUAAUCAUGAUAAUUAUUUUGAUAUUGUCAUUGCUAAAUAUGGACUUGACAGUGUUGGUAUAUUUCUUGGUUAUGGAAAUGGGAGAUUUGAUAGCGUGAAGACCUAUUCUACAGGGGAGGGUUCUGGUCCAGCUUCAGUAACUGUCUAUGAUCUGAAUAACGAUACUUUCAUGGAUAUUCUUACAGCCAAUGCUGUUUCUAAUAGUAUAGGCAUACUUUUUGGAUAUGGAGACGGAAGAUUUAAAGACAUAAAAACUUAUGCAAGCGGCAUUGGUACUACUCCAUAUUAUGCUGCAGCUGCAGAUUUCAAUAAUGACACUAUACUAGAUAUUGCUGUUGCUUUAUACGGUACCGGUGAUAUAGGUAUACUUCUUGGGUAUGGGAACGGUGAUUUUUCAUCUGUAAUGACUUAUAAAACUGGAUCUGUUGGAGGUGCACAAAAUCUCAACUUUGGUGAUUUUAACAAUGACAGUUAUCUUGAUAUUGCUAUCGCCAAUAGCGCUAAUGGUAAUGUAGGCGUACUUUUUGGAUACGGCAAUGGAUACUUCAUGAGUAUUACACUAUAUGUGAAUGAUGCUAGCCUUGCUCUAUACCGAAUUCUCGUUAGUGAUUUUAACUAUGAUACUAGAUUGGAUCUAGCCUUUGUCGAUUCGAAUGGAAACAAUUUAUGGAUAUUGCUACAAACUGGUAAAAAGUACUUCGGUAGUCAAAAGACUUUGCCAAGUUAUAAAGGAUCUAAACCAUCUUCCAUUGCUGUUGGUGAUUUCAACAAUGACAAAUGGCUGGAUAUUGCCGUUGCCAACUAUGGUACUGAUAAUAUAGGUAUACUUAUAGGACAAGGUAAUGGAAAUUUUAACAAUAUGAUAACCUAUUCAACAGGCAGUGGAUCUCAGCCAUUGGGAAUAGCAUUAGGUGACAUUAACAAUGAUACUUUAUUAGAUAUUGUGGUUGCCAAUUCUGGAACUGAUAAUAUUGGUAUUUUUUUUGGAAAUUAUAAUGGAACUUUUGCAGCAUUAACAAUGUAUUCAACUGAAAAGGGCUCACGUCCAGUCUCCGUUGCGAUAAGUGAUUUCAACAGUGAUCAGAUCUUGGAUAUCGUAGUUGCAAAUUUUGGUGCUAAUAAUGUUGGCAUGUUUGAAGGACAUGGGAAUGGAACUUUGAAAAAGCAAACAACAUAUUCAGUUGGAUAUGGUGCUCAUCCGAAUAAGGUCACUUUUGGAAAAUUUACCAAUAACGAUUGGAUGGAUAUUGCUGUAGCAAACUAUGAUACGGACACUGUGCUACUUCUUUCAAAGAUAUGUUAA